UUACCAUCACAAUGUUAAUGUUAUAAGUUCUACACGAAGAAGAAAAAAACUCAUUCCAAGUUUUUUUUAUCGAACUCUAGAUCAGUUUAGCAUCGAAUUUAAAAUUCCAUGUUUAUUAACAGAUUAAAAGUUCAUUUUAAACAUAAUGUGAUUCUUAAUAGUUAAAUAAAGAAACUCAAUAGAUUUAUCGACAAUAUACAAAAACAGCGAAAAAAAGAUUCCAAAGAUUAAUCAGUUUGAUUUUUUCUUUUCUCUUUUCAAGUUUAAUCUCCAUGUGAUUCGUGUUCUAAGUGAUACUUUAUUACAUACUCUCUCUCUCUCUCUCUCUCUCUCUCUCUCUCUCUCUCUCUCUCUCUUAAGUGUUUAUCUGUGUUUGCGAAAAAAAUAAUUAUAUAACUAAAGGAGCGUUUUCUUCCCGUUAACAUAACCACCAUGUCCUCGUUUCACCAACAAUUUACAUGGAAAGUUUUAACUGUCUACCUUUUCCUUUGUGUAAAUGUUUCACUUUGCCUCGAGAUUGAUUGUAAUCGUACUUAUACCGGAACAAUUGGUACAAAGUACCCUCUUUAUCUUAAAGAGCCCAUUCAAAAGUUUGCCGCUUUCAACUGUCAGGUUACAUUUUCAGCACUUGGGUCAACUCAUGGAGAUAUUAUUGAACUUUCAAUUCUUUCAUUUCAAGUUGGCUAUUUUCCAGUAACGAAGGAGUUUCCAGUCUGCGAAUAUGGUUAUGUAAGAAUUCAUGAGAAACAGAUCAAGAAACCUGCCAAUGUAUCAUCAUCUUCAUCUUCCCCACUUUCUGAAGCUUCAUCAUCACAACCAUCAUCAUCAUCAUCUUCUUCUUCUUCUUCAUCAUUUUCCUCACAAGCGAUACCUUCAGUUGCAGAGAACUCAAAUGUUGGCAAAUUUUGUGGACAACUAAUGAGUCGACGAGCAACUUUUUACAGCCAAGGAAACAAUUUAACUCUGACCAUUUCAUUACAAGAGGAAGAGCUUUUUCAGCCAAUAUCUACCAUUGAAUAUCUACCUGACGUACAGAUUUUACCAGUCAACUUUUCACCUCCACAACCAUCAACCCAACCUCAGCAAUAA